CUUCGUUGCACGCGACCUGGUGUGUGAUCUCCGAGUGGGUGGGGGAGGGUCCAGGAGGGAAAAAAAAAAAUAAGACGUUGCCGAAGAGACCCGGAAAGGGCCUUUUUUUUGGUUGAGCGGUUGUGGCAGUGCUGCCUCCGAUCCUGAGCCUCCGAGCCUUUGCAGUGCAAUGUCCCGCCUGCUGCCUGCAGAAGAGUGGGCUGAAGUGAAGGAGUUGGGAGACCACCAUCGCCAUCCCCAGCCGCAUCAUCUCCCGCAGCUGCCGCCGCCGCCGCAACCACCUGCAACUUUGCAGGCGAGAGAGCAUCCCGUCUACCCGCCUGAGCUGUCCCUCCUGGACAGCACCGACCCACGCGCCUGGCUGGCUCCUACUUUGCAGGGCAUCUGCACGGCACGCGCCGCCCAGUAUUUGCUGCAUUCCCCGGAGCUGGGUGCCGCGGAGGCCGCGGCGCCCCGGGACGAGGCGGACGGUCGGGGGGAACUGGUAAGGAGGAGCAGCGGUGGUGCCAGUAGCAGCAAGAGCCCCGGGCCGGUGAAAGUGCGGGAACAGCUGUGCAAGCUGAAAGGCGGGGUGGUGGUAGACGAGCUGGGCUGCAGCCGCCAAAGGGCCCCUUCCAGCAAACAGGUGAAUGGGGUGCAGAAGCAGAGACGGCUGGCAGCCAACGCCAGGGAGCGGCGCAGGAUGCAUGGGCUGAACCACGCCUUCGACCAGCUACGCAAUGUUAUCCCGUCGUUCAACAACGACAAGAAGCUGUCCAAAUAUGAGACCCUGCAGAUGGCCCAAAUCUACAUCAACGCCUUAUCCGAGCUGCUACAAACGCCCAGCGGUGGGGAGCAGCCACCGCCGCCGCCAGCCUCCUGCAAAAACGACCACCACCAUCUUCGAGCCGCCGCCUCCUACGAAGGGGGAGCAGGCAACGCGACCACAGCAGGGGCUCAGCAGGCCUCCGGAGGGGGCCAGCGGCCGACCCCGCCCGGGAGUUGCCGGACUCGCUUCUCAGCUCCGGCCUCUGCGGGAGGGUACUCGGUGCAGCUGGACGCUCUGCACUUCUCGACUUUCGAGGACAGCGCCCUGACAGCGAUGAUGGCGCAAAAGAAUUUGUCGCCUUCGCUCCCUGGGAGCAUCUUGCAGCCAGUGCAGGAAGAAAACAGCAAAACUUCGCCUCGGUCCCACAGAAGCGACGGGGAAUUUUCUCCCCAUUCCCAUUACAGUGACUCGGAUGAGGCAAGUUAGGAAGGUGACAGAAGCCGAAAACUGAGACAGAAACAAAACUGCCCUUUCCCAGUGCGCGGGAAGUCCCGCGGUUAAAGAUCCCCGCAUCCUUUAAUGUUUGCUCUGCGACGGUCGUUGUUUAGCAACGACUUGGCUUCAGAUGGCAGCUACAUUUGAUGGUUUGCAAAUGCGGCCGCUGUUCCAAACUUCCUACGGUCCACAUUGUUUGAUGAAACCCUUUCUGUUAAAGUUAUGUCCUUUCCGCCCACCUUCUGCUCCCCCUGUAGAUAGAUACGGUAUAAUUGUAUGUACCCAUAUAUGGCACCGUUAUUCUAGUUCCCUGCUGCCUACACGCUGCUGAAACGUCGCAUCUUUUUCUCUGUCGCUGGUUUGGGUUUAAUUUAUUUUACGCCCUGGGCAUCCAUCCUUGUGUGUUGCGCACUCAAGUGUGGGAGAUUUAGUCUUCCGAAGUUGUUUUCCAAAAUGUACAAUGAAACGCAAAAUUAGUGCUUCCAAAGUGGAUAACUUUUGACUAUUGAAUUGUUAGAAAACAGGGAACUUUAAGGUUUAUAUAUUGUAUAAACAUACCCAGUAUGUGUAUCCGAUCGCGAGAACCUUGGCGUCUUUUAGGAAACUUGGCGCACGCACUUUAUCAGCCGCUGCUGCGGUGGUGGCUCCAGGAGAAACUCAGCUGCCAAUUGCAGACCAGUUUUUUUUUUUUUUUUUUUACUUUAACACAGCCACUUAUAAUUCUUAAGCUCUUUGCAAAUGUUUGUUGAAAAAAUGAAUUUUUUUUAAAAAGUUAGUAGUGUCAAAAGCUUUUGCUUUGUUAAUAUUUUGUCAAUUUUAUUUUGCUUUGUUAAUAUUAGAAAACUUAUUUAUUAUUGUUUGCUACCAUUUCUACUUAUCUUGAUUCAUUUUUUACGUUUUCUACUCGAGAUCAUUUUAUUUUAAUUUAGCAAAGCCAACUGCCAUUGUUUAAUGUAUUUUCUUUUGCAAAUAAUUAAAAUAAACGUGAAAAGUA